AUGGAGGCUCUCGUGACUUCAUCCGUCCACCCCAACCCUGCGCAGGACGCCGUGCUGGCGUCCGGCGCCGACGUGGCAGGCCUGCGCGCCUUGCUGGCGUGCGCCUACACCCGCCCCUUGCCCGAGCCGGCUCGCCCCUUCUCCCACUGGGAUGCGGUGCUGGCCGAGGCGCACUGGCUGGCCGUCGACUUCGCGCAGGAGCGGCUGUGGAAGGCCAGCACGGCGCUGGCCGUGGCCGCCGAGGUUGCCGGAAAGCGCGGCGAGUUUGGGCUGCGCCCGCCGCCGCCCGAGCACCGGGCCUUCCACGACGAGAUCGUCGCGGCGCGCGCGGCGGCGGUCGCCGCUGCGGCCGCCGUGGCGGGUAAGCGCCUGACGGCCGCCGCGCGUGCCGAGGCCGGCGCCGGCCUGGCCCUGGACCCCACAGCCGACCCCAUCUGGGCGGACCUGGCCCUGGAGGCCAUCCCCCCCACGCCCCCGGGCUUCGACUACGCGCUGGUGUACUCUGUGGAGCCGGAGCUGGCGCCUGCGCUGGAGGCGACCCUGGAGAGCCGGGAGCUGGAGCGCGCCAUCGAGGCGGACAUGGUGUGCCGCGGCUACCGCUACGAGCUGGACGCGGCGCUGAGGAGCCACUUUGCGGCGGUGGCGGAGGCCAGCAAGCGCGCCAUGCGCCUGGACGCCGACCUGGCCGAUGGGUGCCUGCUGGGCGACGCCGGCGACGGCGCCGAUCUGGCCGACGACGGCGACCCCUACGCCCAGAAAGGAAAGCGCGGCAAGGGCGGCCGCCGCGCCGGCUACCUCCUGGACGACUUUGCGGAGCUGGGCGACGCGGAGUUCGCGGAGCGCGCGCCGCCCAAGCGCGCCGCCUCGCGGCAGUACAUCGAGGACACGUACCUGCGCAAACGGCGGCGCGAGCGCUACCGCGACGUGGACGCCGACUACGACGCUGAGGACGAGCUGCUGCUGGCCACCGUGCACGAGUUUGGCCUGAACUGGACGCUGGUGUCGGAGGUGCUGAGCCUCAGCCUGGGCCUACAGGGCAUCCACCGCCCCGGGUCGCUGUGCAAGCAGCGCUUCCGGCACCUCACAGCCCAGGAAGGGCAGGACUACUCGGAGGAGAGGGCGCUGGCCGCUCUCAACCAGCAGCUGUCCAAGCAGCAGGCGCGGGAGCUGCUGGUGCAGUGCCUGCCUGUGCGCGACGACGUGCUGAUGCGGCUGCUGGAGGCCCUGGCCCAGAUUGGGGGCGGGGCCAAGUCGCGGCGCGCGGCGGAGGAGAAGCGUGCCGAGGCGGUGCGCACUCGACGCCAGGAGACGCACGCCUCGCACGCCUCGGUCAUGGGCCACGUGCUGGCGCAGACCGCGGGGCGGCGCCUGACGCCGCUGGAGCUGUCCUCCGCGGUGAACAACGCCUACCUGAACCAGGCCAAGCAGCAGGCCGCGCUGGCGGAGCAGGCCGCACAGGGCGCAAGCCGCGGCGGCAAUGCCCUCGUCCUCCAUGGGGUCGGGGGCCUCUGGGCCGGCGCCGGCAGCAUCACGCUGCAGCAGCUGAACCACAUCCUGGCCACCAACAAGCUGCCCAACGGACAGCCGCUGAGCAGCGACAUGCGGGACGCCAUUCAGAAGAAGCGGGACGCCUACCUGGCCCCGCUCCAGGCGCCUUUCUAUGGAGGGGGGACAGGGACAAUACCCAUGCCCGGUCCCCCCCUUGCCAGAGACGAGUGCAACUAA